AUGGAAAACAUCUCGCCGACGAGCCAGCUGUCGAACCCCACGACGCCGUCGCACGCAAUGAACGCCAACCCGCACCAUUCACCAAACUCCCCGACCGCGACACACGACUUCCCCGCCCUCGCCCGCCAUGGCGCGACCUCGAUACCACCCGACCAGCCCGUCGCCAUGACGCCCUCCGGCCAGCCCGCCCUGAACCCGCGCAGCUGCGUCACCUGCCGCAAGCGAAAGGUCCGCUGCGACAAGCAGAUGCCCUGCAGCAACUGCCGCCGCGCCGUCAUCCAAUGCAUAUACCCUGCCCCGGGCCGCGCGCCCCGUCGCCCGAGGCCAAAGGACCCGAACGCCCCUCCCAAGAACUCGAGCGAGCGCGAGGUUGAGCUGAUGAAGCGCCUGCGCAAGCUCGAGGGCAUCGUCGAGGAUCUGAGCGGCCAGAUCGAAGUCGAGAGCGGCGUGGGGAGCAACAGCGGCCGGCAGAACUCGAGCACGGGGGACUCGCCAGACGCUUUCGGUCACGAUGUAGGCGGAGAAAGGACAGGGGGCUUGCAGAACAGCAGCAACAGCAACAGCGCCGUCGCCGUCGCUGCUCUGAAGGACGCUGUUGCGCCGACCAAGAUGGAUACGGACCCGGACCCGAGGCGAUCGUCAGACAAGGCGCCGGGUCUCAGCAGGCAGUUCGGCAGGCUGGUGCUCCAUGACAAGGGGAGGUCGAGCAGAUACGUGAGCAGCGCAAUUUGGUCCAAGCUUAACGACGAGCUCGACAAGCUACGAGAUGAGAUGCACGUCUUGGGCGAGGAUACGGACGAUUCCGACAUCGAAGAGACGCCAGACCACUCCCCCGAACAACCCGUGGAUGCUGCAACCGACCAUCACUCCUUUAUCCUGGGAUACCGCUCUUCCGAUGUUGACCUGCGCAAGCUUCAUCCCCUGCCGUCGCAGAUUCCCUUUAUGUGGCAGAUCUACCAGGAGAACGUCGAGCCACUGCUCAAAAUACUGCACAUCCCGACCAUGGAAAAGCUCAUUCGCAACAUGCGGCGCAACAUCGACGAGUUGACCCCCGGGAACGAGGCCCUCCUGUUUUCCAUCUACUAUGCCGCCAUUACGUCCAUGGAAGACGAAGAGGCAUGUAGCAAAACCCAUACUCCAAUUCUCUUUGUCGAGAAGAACUUUGGCUCCAAGAAGGAAGCCAUGCUGUCGCAGUACCGCUUCGCCCUCGAGCAGGCCCUCGCCAAAGCAAACUUCCUAAACACCUCGGACAUGGUGGUGCUGCAGGCCUUCGUCCUGUUCCUGACCUUGGUCCGGCGGGAGGACGACACGCGGUUUUGCUGGACACUGACCGGGUUAGCGAUUCGGAUCGCCCAGGGACUGGGCAUCCACCGGGACGGCACCAACUUCGGCCUCCCGCCCUUCGAGACCGAGAUGCGCCGCCGGCUGUGGUGGGCCAUCUGCACGCUGGACCUGCGAUCCGCCGAGGAGCUGGGCAGCGACCUCACCAUCAUCGACCGCUCCUUCGAUACGGAGCUGCCCUCCAACGUCAACGAUGCCGACAUCGAACCGGGCAUGACCAAGGCGCCGACGUCGCGGUGGGGCAAGACAGACUGCGCCGUGUCGCUGGUGCGCUACGAGAUCUGCACCCUCUCGAGGCGGCUGCACACCGCCGGCUCCGCCAUGGCCGGCGUCUGCCCCCGCGACGCCUCGUCGAGCCUCGAAGACCGCGAGCGCAUGCUGAUCGAGGUAUAUGACCGUGUCGAGGAGAAGUUCCUGCAGCACUGCUUCACCGACGACGACCCCCUCUUCUGGAUGGCCGCCAUGAUCGCCCGCGUCAUCAUGGCCAAGAUGAGCCUCGUCAUCUACCAGCCGAUGCUGUUCCCCGGCAACGGCCACGAGCUCUCCAACGAGGUCCGCGACCGCCUCUUCCUCUCGGCCAUCGAGGUCGUCGAGUACAACUACAUCCUCAACACAGACCCGCGCUGCAAGCAGUGGCGCUGGCUCUUCCAGACCUACCGUCAGUGGCACGCCAUCGCCUACAUCCUCAUGGAGGCCGGGAGGCGCCCGUGGUCGGCGACCUCGGAGCGGGGAUGGGAGGCCGUCAACAACACGAUGCGCUUCGACAGAGACCCGGCCGAGAUCUCCAGGAUGGCCGACCACAUGGCCGUCUGGGUUCCGUUGCGGAAGCUCAGUGCUAAAGCGACGAAGCACCGCGAGGCGGAGAUCGUCCGCCUGCGGUCGGACCCGGAUGCCGCCCGCCAGCUCGACGUGGACGACCGCAUGAACCCCAUCCCGGCGAGGCUCGGUCCCGUCCCGGGCAUGGAGACCAAGCACGCGCAGAUCCGCGCUCGUUGGCGGAACCUCGUGCGCACGGAGGGUUGCAGUCCGGUGCAGGCGGUGCCCGACCGUCGCCUGGGCAGUCAAAAGCAACCCGCACCUUACGCAGCAUCGGCGGCGGCGGCGGAGACGGUGCCGCCGCCGCCACUUCCUGUUUCUCAGCAAAACCAGCCCGCCCGGGCGCCACCCGCCUCGAUGCGCCCGCCGCGGGAGCCCGAGUUCAUCGACACGGUCAUGAUGGCGCGCGGCUUCAACCCCAACCACAUCUGGGAAUACCUCUACCCGACGGCCGAGUCCAUGGCGGCCGACCCGAACAACACGCUCUUCCCGUCCACCGCCUCGCAGGCGCCGGGUUCGUCCCAGUCCAUGAUGGCCACCGGCGACGCCCAAUCGCCGACCACCGUUUCCGCCGCGUGCCUCGACGCGGAGCAGAGGCAGAGACAGCAGGCCAUCGCGAUGACGUCGCAGCCCACCGUCGCGUCGUCCAUCAGCGACAACCAGCCGCCUUGGCUGUGGUCGGACCCGUUCACGUCCAUCAACAACGCGUCGACCGACGCGAUGGACGUCAACAUGGACAACCUGGACGACUUCAACUGGCAGAACUGGCAGGAGAGCAUCAAGGGGUUCGAGAUGGACCCGGACAACCUGCCCCAGAAGGGAGCGUGGUAG